AUGAUCACUCCAACCCCCACGACGAGCAAGACUCAAGACCCUCAAACUUAUUCGUCUGCUUCACCAUCACCUACAUUAUACGUUCAAAACUUAUGUGAUAAGUUAAAAAAAGAAGAUUUACGUAGGAUGUUGUACCAGUUGUUUUCAGUUCAUGGAAAAGUCUUAGAUGUAGUGGCUCUUAAAGGAGGUCAGAUGCGUGGUCAAGCUUUUAUUGUGUUCAGGGAUCUUCAAGGGUCUACUCAGGCUAUGAGGUAUUUGGAUGGAACUUUAUUUUUGGAACGAGAACUUAAAAUCAAAUAUGCUCGUAAACGAUCGUUUGCGACUGUUAAACAGAUUGCAGGAGAUGAAGUUUUAUAUCAAGUAAGAUUAGGUUUAAUUGAUCCUGAAACCCUUCAAGACGUAGCACGAAGUAAACUAACAGUUAGUGGAGCUCAAGCUGCAAAUGUAAAACAACCAGCAGAUUCAGCAGCAGCAGCAGCUGUCAAAGCAGCAGGAUCCGCACCCGUCUUAUCAGGAGAAGACCCGAAUCCAGUUUUAUUUUUGGAAGGUUUACCAGCCGAAGUAACAGAUGAUAUGAUGGCAGUUUUAUUUCAACAAUAUCCAGGAUUUCAAAGUGUAAGAUUAGUACCGGGUCGAACUGGGAUUGGGUUUGUUCAGUAUGAUACUUCUACUCAGAGUGAUAUGGCUAAGACUGCAUUAGAUGGAUUUCAACUUGCACCUGGAGUGAUGAUGAAAGUAGGAUUUGCACGUCGAGGUUAA